AUGUCACCGAAGAACGUCGUCGUUAUUGGGGCUGGGGUUGCAGGACUUACUACAGCACUCCUCCUAUCUGAGCGAAGCGGAUACCGGAUCAUUGUAGCUGCUAAGCACAUGCCCGGCGACUAUGACAUCGAAUAUGCCUCACCAUGGGCUGGUGCAAAUUACAUGCCGGUCUCAAUGCGUGGAACGCAAGCAGCAGAAUGGGACAAAAAGACAUGGGCACGUCUGCUAGACCUUGCACUCAACCGACCGGAUUCAGGCAUACACAUACAAGAAUGCCAAAUUUAUAGCCGAUCCAAAGAUAAAGGCUCCGCCACAGCAGAAUGGUUUUCCGAGUUGCUGGCUCCCAAUCCCUGGUUUAAGGAGAUUAUUCCCAACUUCCGAAGCAUUUCCAAAGACAAACUCGGCCCCGGAGUGGACGCUGGCACUAGUUUUACCUCCGUCUGUAUUAACACCGCUAUAUAUCUUCCUUGGCUCGUAUCUGAAUGCCUGAAGAACGGCGUGCGUUUCACACGUGCUGAUUUCAAACAUGUACUGGAAGCCCGCUCCGUCGGUGAUCAAUUGGGAGACUCAAUCGACUUGAUAGUCAAUUGUACUGGUCUAAUGGCCUCCCAGCUGGGUGGGGUCGAAGACAAGUCGGUGGUACCGGUUCGCGGGCAGAUCGUGAUUGUUCGUAAUGAUGCGAGCAAAAUGGUUGGUAUAUCCGGGACUGACGAUGGAGGUGAAGAAGUUUGCUAUGUCAUGACCAGGGCCGCAGGCGGUGGUACUGUCCUUGGUGGGUCCUACCAGAAGGGUAAUUGGGAUUCCCAGGUUGACCCAAGCCUUGCUGUCAGAAUCAUGAAGAGGGCAGUUGAGCUGUGCCCAUCCCUUACUGGUGGAAAAGGCAUUGAACACCUUGAUAUCAUAAGGCACGGCGUCGGGUUGAGACCAGUGCGCGAAGGGGGAACAAGGGUGGAGAAGGAACGCAUUGGUGACACAUGGGUAGUCCACAACUAUGGCGCCGGUGGAGCUGGUUAUCAGUCAUCAUUUGGGUGUGCUCAAGAUGCCGUGGAACUGGUGGAAGAAGCGUUACACAUGACCGCAAAACUGUAG